AUGGGAAGCUGAAAUUGCACUCAAAAGUCAGAAGAAGUAGAGUUGGAGAUACCUCCACGCCCAAAGAGUCUCCUCAAGAACAAAUUUAGUCAAAAUAAGGAUGUACAAAAUAAAAAAUUACCUAGAUUAAGAUGUCCCAGUCAUGAGAAGCGGAAUGACCCGCAGAAUUACCAGAGGAAGAAAACAUUACAGGAGUUAUAUGAUAUUGUGAGAAGGUGUAAGAUCAUUCUUGAGGAGUACCAGUCAUGCCGUUCUGACUCCCAUCCUCUCAGUCUGCACCAAAUCUCUAGGGUAAUUUCAGAAAUUGGUUCUUCAUUCAAAAUAAAUUGAUUUUGGAUACAGAAUGACAAAGAAUUUGAAAAAUUAAAAACAUUCGAAGAAGAAUUUAAAGAAUAUGAUGAAGAAUCUGAUAAAGAAUAUAACGAACAUAUGUCAGUUGUGGGUGCAUUCAGACAUCUCCACUCACAAAUCUAUGGACUAAAACAGGAACUAAUCUUUAUAAACAAAGUUACUGAGAAUCAGCAAACAAAGAAGAUUAUUCCAAAAGAGGAUCAUAAGGAAAUGGAUGGGAAGCAAGGAGGUCAACUAGUCUGUCUCAUAAAUUCCCCAAACUCCAAACAAAAGAAUCCAAUAUAGCAGCUAAAGCUCCCCAAGAUAUUCUUUGCACAGCUCUUGAACGAAGCCAAGAAGCUGUCAGUUUAAACUUAGUUCUCACUUUCGAGACUCUUUACAGGUUGAGCUGCGAUGGCCUCAACCAGAAAAUUUAUCAAGAUUCAUAUGAAAAUAUCUGUGAUAGUAAUUUUGGGUUAUUUUCUAAUUUUUUUCAUAAGCCAGGAGAAAAUUUCAGAGUUAAUCAUAGAAAUUAUAAAGGAUCUAUCACAGCUAAAAAGUUGCGAAAAGUUGCUCUGCCCUGGUUCAUUGAUGUCACUGUCAAGACUAACCCUAAAUCCUUAAAGUUAUUCCAUGAAUCUGUUGCCCAUUUCUCGCCUUGUGGUGGUAUGAAGACUCUGACACUCGAAGUCUUGGAACCAACGGAGAUUGGUCUUUAUUUGCAACAAAUUAUUAAGACAUGCGCUCAUGUUCAGAAAGAAAUCUGCCUUUGAGGGUUUAACUUAAAUGAAAUCCAGUUUAAAAAGUUCCUCAUGGGGUGUAGACACCAAGAGCAAGUAAGCUUUCGUAGUUGCAAAUUUGCUAUUCCAAGAGUGUCUGACUUGAAGACAUGAAUGAAAGGAACACUAAUUAAGAAGAUUGGUUUUUGAAGUUGAGAUGAAAAUUAUGAAUUGAGCAAAUAUUCAGAAACAAUAGACAAUUUAAUAAAUGGAAUUUCUUCUUGUGACCUAAAAGAGUCUCUCACAGAAAUAUAUAUUUUGGAUUAUUUAGCAAGAGGCUAUUUUAAUUCGACCUUUGAGAAAUACGGUCUUGGUGAUAAAGGAGUUAAUCAUUCUCUGAGCUAAAUGUAAUUAAGCAGCUUAAAACAUUAGUUCAAUA